CCCGCCCCUGGCUUUGCAGGACGUCAGCGAGGACUGCAGGGGCCCGAGCCUCCGCCGCCGCCUGCAGCCCCGCAACCGCUCGUGGGGCCCGGUCUCCAGCGCAGUCGCCAGGGUCUCCGCCGUCAGCGUCGUCUCAGCUCGGAGCGGUCAAGAUGGCGUCGGCCACAGAUUCGCGCUAUGGGCAGAAGGAGUCCUCCGACCAGAACUUCGACUAUAUGUUCAAGAUCCUGAUCAUCGGGAACAGCAGCGUGGGCAAAACCUCCUUCCUCUUCCGCUAUGCUGACGACUCCUUCACACCGGCCUUCGUCAGCACGGUUGGCAUAGACUUCAAGGUCAAAACCAUCUACCGCAACGACAAGAGGAUCAAACUGCAGAUCUGGGACACAGCAGGGCAAGAGCGGUACCGCACCAUCACCACAGCCUACUACCGGGGCGCCAUGGGGUUCAUCUUAAUGUAUGACAUCACCAACGAGGAGUCCUUCAAUGCCGUGCAGGACUGGUCGACGCAGAUUAAAACUUACUCGUGGGACAACGCCCAGGUGCUGCUGGUGGGGAACAAGUGUGACAUGGAGGACGACCGGGUGGUGUCGUCGGAACGUGGCCGGCAGCUUGCGGACCACUUGGGGUUUGAGUUUUUCGAGGCCAGCGCCAAGGACAACAUUAAUGUCAAGCAGACCUUUGAGCGCCUGGUGGACGUGAUCUGUGAGAAGAUGUCCGAGUCGCUGGACACGGCUGACCCUGCGGUCACAGGCGCCAAGCAGGGUCCACAGCUCACCGACCAACAGGCACCUCCUCACCAGGACUGCGCCUGCUGAGCCGCACCCCACGAGGGGCAAGCCCCCACCCCAUCACCCUAUUUAUUAUUGUAGCUAUCUAUUUAUUUAUUUAUUUAUUAAGGACUCCCCUGGUCGCGUCCCCUCCCUCCCCGUCCAUACCCACUCCCGCUCGGCUGUGGUGUGUUGUGCUCACCGCUCUGCACCCUGAGACCUCCCCCUUUUAGUUUUGUGAACCACCCCACGCAGUUGUCACUGUAAAGAGGGACCAGGCAUCACUUGGGAGCAGGCUGAAGGGAGACGGCGGGGCCUGCCGGGGCCAAGGCUGGUAGAUGCCAUGUGGGCCGCCGGCUUCAUACAGGCUGGCACCUGCUAGCCUGAGCCUUCCACCCCACCCUACUGAUCUUUGGGUAGAUGGGGUGGGGACAUUCCCAAACCUGUUUUGACGUCCUGAGUGUCAAACGUAACCCCCACUUCCCUAGAAGUUAUGAAGACUACACAGUUCAAUAAAGCUAGUGGACCGUG